GCGACUAGAAAAAAGAGUGUUAGGACCAACGCAGGUCCUUCUCUUUCGUCUUUUUCGGAUCGGAUAGCGGAUACAUCGUCUAACGCGUUCGUUCGUUCGUUCUGGCUUUCAUCUAGAAUAGUGUAUACGACGGGCCUCCACUCUGGCACGUACCGACAAACAAGCUAUGUCGACCCCGUACGCUGGCCAAGCCCCACCGCCUCCGGGCGGGGCUACGGCAACAGCGGGUGUUCCCGAUUCGUACUUUACCGAAUCGCGCAAGGGUGAAAUCAACGAACUACGAACCCUGUUGCGAGCCUUUGCCACCGAACGGGAUCCGCAACGCAAACGAGAUAUUAUUAAAAAAGUCAUUGCCUAUAUGACGCUUGGCAUUGACGUAUCGCGACUCUUUUCCGAAAUGAUGAUGGCGAUUGAAACACGCGAUCUCGUUAUCAAAAAGAUGGUCUAUUUGUACUUGACCAACUACGCCCGCACCCAUCCGGAUCUGGCACAAAUGUGCACCAACACCUUGCAGAAAGACUGCGGCAACGAGGAUCCCAUGGUCCGUGGCCUCGCCUUGCGGGCCCUCUGCGGUCUUAAUCUCCCCCAAAUGGUCGAAUACAUUAGUGAACCGUUGCGCCGGGCCUUGACCGAUGGACACGCCUACGUGCGCAAAACAGGAGUCAUGGGGAUCCUCAAAUUGUACCAUUUGGACCCGGAUGGCUUCCACGAAGCAAACUUUGUCGAUAUUCUCUACGACAUGUUGCGGGAUCCCGACGCCAGUGUCAUCACGAACUGUAUCAUCGUGCUCAACGAAGUUAUGCAAAAAUCUCCCAACGGUGGCAUGGCGAUUAAUCGGGCCAUUAUGUUGCACCUGCUCAACCGGAUUCACGAGUUUAACGAAUUCGCCAAGGUGCAAGUGCUGGAACUCGUUCCGCGCUAUAUUCCCGCCAACGAAGACGAAGGCUUCCAAAUUAUGAAUCUGCUUGAUCCCGUCUUGCGCACAUCUUCUAGUGGAGCCGUUGUGGCAACCGUGCGGGCCUUUCUGAGUCUUUCGGAUACCCUGGACGACGGAUCUGAAGCAAUGAAGCGGCAAAUUGUGGCCCGCGUCAAGGCGCCACUCGUGACGCAAAUAUCCUCUGGGUCGUCCGAAAUUAUGUACACCCUACUCAAACACGUCGACACCUUGACGACCAUUUGUCCGGGAGUCUUCGACGACGAAUACCGACAAUUUUAUGUACGCUACAACGAACCCACGCACGUAAAGUACCUGAAAGUUGCCAUUCUACCCCGCAUGGCGAACCCGGACACGGCGCCCGACAUUGUUUCCGAAUUGGCCGAAAUGGUCCACGAUCGCAACACCAAGCUGUCUCGCGCAGCCGUCGUAUCUAUGGGCCGGAUCGCGUGUAGUGGUAACGGUGGAGCGGGUGCCGCUGAGAGCAUUGCACGCCGACUCGUGGAACUGAUGGAUUCCGGAACCGAUCAUAUUGCGAGCGAAGCCGCUACUGCUUUGACUCUCAUGGUCCGCAAAGAACCUUCCAUCAAGACGCUAGUGGCACCACCUCUAGUGCGAUCGCUCAAGUAUAUUGCAGAGUCGUCUGGUAAGGCUAGUACCAUUAUCUUGUUGGGCGAAUGCGGAGAGCUCGUCACCGAAGCCCCUUACGCACUGGAAAAAUUGAUUGACACCUACGAUGACAUCCACGAUGUGAACAUCAAGAUUGCACUUUUGACAAGCACUGUGAGAUUGUUUUUUAUGCGACCUCCGGAAGUUCAGCGCAUGCUUGGACGGUUAUUGGCGGUAGCAACAGAUGAUGUCUCGUCGCAGGAUUUGCACGAUAGGGCUUUGAUGUAUUAUCGGAUGCUGCAAUCUGGCGCCGACCCACACACAUUGGAACGCGUCGUUCGAACUAGUACGGUGGUCGCGCAGGGUGUGAGUUUCGCCGAAGAAGACGACUCGGAACUUCGCAAGGAACUCAUGGAAGAAUUCAAUACGCUGUCAAUCAUUUACGGCAAACCAUCAGUCAACUUUAUUGCGCCCGAAUUCCAGGUCAAAUACAAAAAAAUGCCAGACGAGCACCCUCUGGCACCUGGAGAAACGGGUUCAUUUGUUGCCCCGCCGGUGGCACCCGUCCCUGCAGCGAGUAUUCCCGUCGUCUCAAACGAUGUAGACUUGUUGGGAUUUGGUGAUGCUGAACCGAUGGCCGCACCAGCACCGAUGGCAUCCAACAAUCUCACACUGAGUGCUUCGGCGUCCAUGACCGGCGGAGAAUACCAAAGCCAGUGGGGAUCGGUUUCGGAUGCCGAUGCGACAGUGUCUGAUGUUCCCCUGCGAGCUUUGCCGUCCUCAACAGAUGAGAUUGAAAAUGUCCUGGCCGCCGUAAAUAUCAUGACCAUGGCAAGUGGGGAAUUGCCAAACGAAUUCAAAUUCUUUUUGUACGCAAAAGACAGUUCGAGCGGUGCAACAAUUAUGAUUCAAACAAACGUGGACAAGUCUUCUCCGUCGGAUGCCUGUAUGAUUGCUACGAUAAAGAUUGGUGGGCCGUGUCUGGACCCUACAGGAUUGGCUGAACAGGUCAUUCAAAUAAUGCGUAUGCAACUAUCCUAGUAG